GCUUCUCAGAAGGUCAUCAACGCUGCCAAGAAGGCGGACCAGGAGGCGCGGAACAAGAAGCCCUCGCAGAGGGCAGGAGGCACAGGGCUCGUGCGGAAGCCUGCCCCGUGGUCCAAGGAGAGCGGCCUCACGGAGAAGAAGAUCCGCGAGCUGGUGCAGCAGUGCAUCUCCCAGCACGCGGGCAGCACCAAGGGGCCCCCAUCGCCUACGGCACCAGCGUCAUCAGGAGCGGGCGCCGGUUGCAAGGAGCAGGCGCAGCACGUGCAGGGCAACAUCCAGCAGCGCACGGAGCUCCAGGCGAAGAUCAACUUCCACGAGAAGAGCCUCAAGGAGUGCAAGAUCGUGGAGGAAGAGGGCGGCCCAAUUCACCUCCUGCACCAGCGGGCCCUCGACGUCCUUCGGCAGCAGGCGCGUGAAUUGCGCCCCCCAGGCGCUGCUUACAAGGCCUCGUCCCAGAAGCUCGCGCGGUGCAUGCAGCAGCUGGACCGCUUCACGAGCGACCUGCAGGGCCUGGAGGCGCAGCUGGAGGCUACCCAGCGCAAGAUCCAGGAUAAGCAGGAGGCCAUUGCGGCUAAACAGGCUGAGGUGGAGGUCCUGCGAAAGGAGAAUGCGAAGCACGAGCAAACCAUGCAGGCUGCACGUGGUGAGAAGCCCCACCCAGUCAUCAAGGAGGAAGACCUGGUUGGCUUCGACCUCGCCGAGCAGCUCGACGACGAUGGCGCGAAGGAGGCCCUCGAGCAGUUCAAGGCGAGCCCCCACUUCGGCAAGAUCCAGGCGGCCCUCCGCAAGCAGGCGGCGGAGAAGCUGGCUACGGUCAUGGCUGAGGAUGACGUCGGCGCCCUCUGGCAGCAGCUCCUCAGCAGCGGACAGCAGCCUACGGACUGGACCAAGGAGAAGCUGGACGACGCCUUCACGCAGGUCCAGCACAGCAAGCACCGCAGCGGGCUACUGGCUGCCAGCGCGGGCGCCAAGCAGCUACACGUACCAGCAGCGGUCACCAUCACGCACACCUUCGAGACCUUCAACGCCAACCAGGGAAAGCUAACCCUCCAGAAGCGGCUGAGAAGGUCAACAGCAAUGGUCAUCAUGGCUCAGGAAAUAGGAUACGGCAUCGAUGACUGCGAGAGCCUCUCUUCUUGGGCAACGGCGCGCGGCUGGCAAAGCCUCAUCGUGCCAGGGCUGCCCUCACGAGGGUACCUCCCCUCCGCAGGCCUGGCAGUCUUCGCCAGGGAGGGGAUCGGGCUGCGCGGGCCCACUUACCCUGGCGAGGCCCCGCCCAGACGUGCAGGCAGCGUCAACGAGACCAUUGCGCACGGCACCGAGCUCGUCCGUGGCAGGGCUCAACACGUCGUCGUGGAGCUGCCGAACUGGCCGCCGCUCAACGUCGUCAACGUGUACCUCCACACAGGGGAGGGCAUGAGCAGCCGCAACGCAAGUAUACUCAUGACGGUGGGGCUCGCGCUUGCGGGCCAGGCGCACCCUGGCAUCAUCGGCGGUGACUGGAACAUGGACGUGCAGGUUGUCAAGAACUCCGGCUUCCCCGUGCACGCGCAGCUGGAGAUGAUCACCCCGAGGCACGCGACCUGCAGGACAGCGGCGUCGGUGUCAACCAUCGACUACUUCGGGCUGACCACGGGAGCCAUGCGCAUGCUAGCUGCAUGCAACGCAGACUUGACCUGGUCGGUAAAGCCGCAUCGACCAGUUCAGCUUCAACUGGCAGCGGAGGGCACCAAGCUCAGGUACCUCACCUACGUAGGCGGUGCGAAGAUACCAGCGCAGAUUGUGCACGGACCUUUCCUCGAGGAGAGCAGCUGGUCCCUGGAGCGCAGCUUCGCUGAGCAGGCGCUGAGCAUGGCCAAGGAGGCGCCUGCUGCAGUCGCCUGGCGUUUCCUCUCGAAGGCUUGGGGCAGAUGGGCGACCAGGGCAGCCUCGAGGCUCGGGCACCUCGCUGGUACGGAGACGCGGGCCAGCGCCUACGCGCGUCCGCUCCAAGCCAAGUGGGUCGAGCGUGAGCACCAGGUCCUCACGGAGGAUGAGGUACAGGCGGUCGCGGAUGGAUGGAAGUGGCUGCAGGACUGCCUGGCGGGCCUCAUCACCGCAAAGGCGAACGCCAGGACACCCGAGGGCCGACAGUUUCUCGACAACGAGCUGCAAGGCUUCCUCAGUGUAGACUACUGUGGGCAGAACCUAAGCGCGAGGCUCGACGCAUCAGUUCGGCAUGCUCGGCAGAUUGCGCAGAGGAGUUUCAGCAGUGAGGACAUCAUGACCUUCUCGGAGGAGAUCGACGAGGAUGUUAACUUUGCCAUGCAGCUAGCGAACAAGGAAUCUUCGAGGCGCUGGAGAGAAUGGUGUGACGGGGCCUGUGCGGGCGGAGCGGGGAAGCUCCACAAGGUCACUCGCGUGCGAGCAAUUCAGGCCCCCACCACGGUUAACGACUCGGAGAACGGCAUCACAGGGCACCCGCACUUUGUAGUCAAGGAUAUGGAGGAUACGCACGCAGCGCUGUGGAAGGCGGUCAAGGAGAGUGUCAUCCUGCAGGCGGUCGAGGCGGGCAAUGCCUUUUUCAAUGUGGCUAAGAAGCUCGGCGCCCGUAUUAAUGAUAAGCUUGCUGUGGUGGCCAGCUCAAAUGAUAUUGGGAAGGAAGUGGUGCGGCAGCUGCAACUUCCUACUGACAUGAAUCGCAGUCGGGCGACCUACCUGGGCACUGACUUCGCGGGAGCACGGAGGAGGCGAGGGAAGCUCCUCCGCGCCAAGCAGCAGGCACGCCACAAGAUCUACAAGCAGAGGCUGCGCAAGCUGGGGCGAUUCAGACAUCGACUACCAGGACAGCAGACGCAGCGCACGGCCAAGAUAUUCCGAGCUGGAGCUCGACCUGCGGCCACCUUCGGCGUGGAGAUCACGGGCCUCGCCGACAGGGAGCUCCACAAGCUGCGAUCAGACUUCGACAAGUUCCGCAAACCCUGUCAUGGGGGUGUCUCGGCCUCGGCCAAGGUGGUGCUACUGGGCGACCCCACAGUGGCGAUUGCGAUGGCGCCAGUGCUGCAGUGGCUGGACGGCAACCUCGGCACUGAGCGAGACCUAGCGGGCAAGAUUGGCCUUGGUGAGGGCAAGCGUGCCACUUUCGACAUCCUAGCCCCCCUGGUCUCCAUGCGCAGCAAACGGUACACGGCGCACCAGAAGUUCUGCAUCAUGAAUGUAGCGUGCAGUGGAGUCUGGACAAGGGAUGACGAUGCUAGUAUGGAGGUCGCUACUGACGGAUCGUGCACCAAGCCGCCCAUCAAGGAAUUCCAGCGAGCAGGAUGGAGCCUCGCCCUGCUGGACCCCCGCUCAGACAUGCCGCUGGCGACCAUGCACGGAGCAGUACCCGCAUCCUUACCCCAAGAGUCUGCCGUCGGAGAGCAUCUAGCGGCAGCCUUCGUGUCUCAGGUUGCAGACCGGCCCUGCACCGUCCACGCCGACUUCAAGGGCGUCAUCCAUCUGGGCAACAAGCAGAAAGAGCUGCAGCUGAAGGCCAGGACCCCCUAUGCGUGCAUCGCCCACUUCGCGCAGUCGCUCGACGGCUUCGCGCACGUGCAGCAGUACGCCCACGUCAAAGCGCACCGCUCUGGGGACGAGUACGCAGCGCUCUCCGACAGCCAGAGGAGGAUAACGGACGCGAACAUUGUAGCGGACCGCAGGGCCAAGGAGGCAGCGGCGAUCCACCCCGCCCCCGAGCUGCACGUAGUCGAGGAGAUGCAGAAGGGCGUAGACAGAAUUUCCCAGUUAGCGAAGCUGAUCGCCCACGUCAUGCCCAUCUUCGACAAGGACGACCAAAUCAGGUGGACCAGGAGGGCACCGACCUGGCGGCGAGCAGCGAGCACAAGGAAGACAACAUGGCACCAAUGGCAAGAUGGCGAGCUGGGCGUGCAAUGCAUCACCUGCUUACAGUUGCACAUGCCUGGGCAACCGCCCCCCCUCACGGGGUGCCCUGGGACGCCCACUUUCCUGCUGGACCAUCGGCGCAACCCCAAUGGCCACAAGCUGGUCGCGGUCAACCAGAAGGGCACCUUGGAGAGCGACGGGCAGGACACCUACAGGCCAGUGUUCAUCUGUGUCAAGUGUGGGGCUUGGGCGCUGCAGCGGCGCAAGGUCCUCCACAACCUGAGGCGUGGCUUCGGUCCCUUCAAGAAGCUGAAGAAGUUCAUCGACAGCACCACCCCUCUUCGACGGCUGGAGACGACAAGCGAGGUUCACACCACUUUCACGAAGGUUGACAUCCUCAGUGGCACGGACGGGGCAGUGCCUGAGGAGAUUUCCAGCAGGCGGCAGUUCGCGGAGCUCGAAGGGAUAGGCGUGCUGGGGCACGACUCAGGGGAGCCCAAGGAGCUGCUGCUGCUGGGAAGCCCAACCACGCAGUGCGUCAUCUCCUCGGCCGCGGCGGACAGCGUGGAGCACGUCACGGAGUAUGCCGCUGCUGGGGCUGCUGGCGCGGGGGCGCUGCGCGGCUCGGCGGCGGCUUUCGACGGCUCGGGCGCGCUGGGCGCACAGUACGUGGGCGCGCUGGGCGACGACGAGCACGACACUCAGGAGGUAGCAGCCUCGGAGGCGCUCGGCCUGGAGAAGGACUCCUUCGACGGCUCAGCCGCGCUGGACGUCGCGGUCGAGGGCGCGCUGGGCGACGACGAGCACGACGCCGAGGCUGCAGCUGCUGCGGAGGCGCUCGGCCUAGCGAUGGGCCUCGGCAGAUCGGGCACGCUGGACGACGGCCUCCUGGGCGCGCUGGGCUUCGGCGCUGAGGCGGCUGAUGCUGGAGAGGCGGGCAGAUCGCUGGCGGUCGUCGACGGCUCGGACGCGCUGGGCGUCGACACCAAGGGCGCGCUGGGCGACGCGGAGCACGACGCGGAGGCUGCAGCUGCGGGGGCGGCGAACUGCCUUUCGGCGGGCGCCGACGGCUCGGACGCGCUGGACGUCGACCCCGUGGGCGCGCUGGACGACACCGCGCACGACGCCGAGGAGGCUGCUGCGGGGGUGGCGAGCGGCUCGGCCGCGGCCGGUGGCGUGUCGGGCGCGCGGGACGGCCACGCCGCGACGGCACUGGGCCCGCUGGGCUUCGCCGAGCGCGUCGCCCGCCUCCUGGCGGCGGCUGGCGCGCGUGGGCAGCAGGCCCCUGGCGCAGCCGCACCCAGCCUGGACGAGCGCGACGGCGCCAUUGCCUCGGCCGAGCUCGAGGGCAGCGGGCGCGGCGCCGAGGCAGCAGCAGCGGGGGCGGGCCCUGGGAUCCUCGGGCCGCGCCGAGCGUACGAGGGCAAGGACGUGGGCAAGGUGGCGGCCUCGGCGGCCGCGUGGCCGCGCUGGACGGCGGCCGCCCACGGCGUCGAAGCUGCCGCUGCUGCUGCGUCGCCGCGGGCGGAGCGGGCCAGUGCCGACUCCGAGGAGUCGAGGGACGGCGCGGUGGCCAGGGCUGCGGCUUUCAAGCAGCUCGUCGCGCUGGCGCAGAGGUCGUGA